AUGGAUUCGGACGGCACUGCACGCGGUGCCUGGGUCAAACUGGAGAAAAUUUACUUAAGCAACAAGAAAGCUCGUGCGGCGACAUUAGAGACAAAAUUCGUGAACCUUACCCUUGCCGCAUGCUCCUCUUUGGAUGACUAUUGUCAAAAGUUGAAGGAUUUAGCAAAUCAACUUGAAGAUGUUGAUCAACCGAUUUCUGAAUCACGUCUCGUUCUUCAAUUGGUCCGUGGAUUGCCUCAAGAAUUUGAUACUACCGCCUCAUUAAUUAACUCUACCAACGCUGAUUGGGAUGAGGCUCGUUCCAUGCUCACCGAUGAACUUAUCCGCAUAGAGGCAUGCAAACCCAACUCGUCCUCAGUCAUAGUUGCCACUGGCCCUUCUAAUCGGUCUUCACAGCAGCAGCCCUCACACAACAGCCGCAAUCUUGGAGUCAAUAGCAGCAGCCAGCUUGGUCUUCCCAGCAGCAGCAGCCUCCAAACUUUACCCGCAGCCGAGGACGAGGCCGGGGAUCUUGGAACAAAAACAGAGGAGGCCGUGGAGGCCGGGGUUCAGGCCGCAACCAAUCCUACUCACCUUGGCUGA